AGUUUUCGGUUGCAACUUGAUUCGCCUCCCUUGUGCAUAUGUACCAUCAUUUAAAGUCUUUUACAUUGCAAUUACAUUACGUUUUUGUUUUGACAUUUUGAAUAUUUUAUUGUUGUAUCUUUGGAAUUUUUUAAUAUUCAUCCUCAAAUGAUCCUAUAAACUUAACGAACGACAAGGACCGAAAGUGUAUAAAACCCGAAUUGACUAUGAAUCAAAACAUUGUCGUGACGUCAGACGUCUGCUUUCUCAUUCGAUGUCGGAAGAUGACAGAUACUUUUUCCAAGCUUCACUAAUACUGCCUCGUUGCGAGAGAAACAAUUUUAACUGUGUAUGCUGUACUAAAAGAGUUUAACCAAGGGACAGGAGGAAGGUCAACAAGGACAUCUGCAAGUAUUUAGAGAAAAAGUAUCUGAUUUCUACUACUAAGUAUUCUAUCAUAUGCAACAAAUGCCGACACAAGUAUCGGAAUGAACGUUCAAAAAAUGUUGAUAUGCAACAUAAAUCACAACUUCCAGAGAGUCAUGACGACCUUCAAGUACCAGCACCAUUACAUUCAUCUUCAACAAAAACUCCAAAGAGUCCUCCAUCUAUUUCCCUACCAAUUUCAUCAACAGUGAAGAGUCAUGCAUACUGUUUCAUUUGUAAGAGACCAGGACCCAAGUUAGUUGUUGUGCCCUCAGAAUGUAGACUAUCUGUUUUUGUUAAUCAAAACAUUCUGAUUGCAGAAGGAAACAGAUGUCCAAAUCAUUUAAAAGAUGGAAUUUUUACUUCUGAAUCCUUUCAAAAUUUGAAAACAACAGACCAUACUUUUCUCAAUAGACAUUCUGUGCUGGAUCUCAUUACUAAAAUUCGUCAUCUUUGCCAAGUCAACAAAAACUACCGACUUCAUUUUGACAGCAAAGAAAAUCUUACCAAUGAGGACUACAUUUCUAUAACUGGUCUGAACAAAGAAAACUUUCAGGAUUUGUACAAGACUAUACAACCUCAUAUCAGAAACACUCCAUCUAGAAGUGUCAGAACUACCUUGGCUGUUUUUCUUUGCAAGUUGCACUCUGGACUCUCAAAUAGAUUUCUGGCAACUUUGUUCAACCUCACAAAAUCAAGUCUACGGAGAGCAGUAAAAACAAUUCGUCAAGCUAUGAUGGAAAAUUUUGUUCCACAGAAUCUGGGUUUUCAUCAUGUGACUCGUGAAAAGGUAAUUGAAGACCAUACGCGUCCUCUGGCAGCAUCACUCUUUGGAACAUCAGGAAAGGAGGUAAUAUUGGUUUUCGACGGAACAUACAUUUAUAUUGAAAAGAGUUCCAACUUCCAUUUCCAGAGGAGAUCAUUUAGUUUGCACAAGGGAAGACCUUUGUUGAAACCUAUGGUAAUUGUAACAACAUCUGGAUAUUUUGUUUCUGUUCUUGGACCUUAUCUUGCUGAUCCCAGAAACAAUGAUGCUUCAAUUUUGACACAUAUAAUCAAAACAAAUGUGGAGGACAUCAAACAUUGGAUUCAAGAUGAGGAUAUUUUUGUUGUAGACAGAGGAUUUAGAGAUGCUAUUCCUCUUCUUGAGGAUAUGGGAAUUCAAGCAGAAAUGCCAAAAUUGAUGAUAAAGGGUCAGAAGCAGUUGUCCACAGAAGAUGCAAAUAUGAGCAGAUUAGUUACCAAAAUUCGUUGGGUAGUGGAGUCCUCGAAUGCAAGAAUCAAAAGGUGGAAAUAUCUCGGUCACACGUUGCCAACCAACCAAAUUCCUUAUAUUGGUGAUUACGUAAAAAUUGUGUGUGUCUUAAGUAACAAGUAUUUCUCAGAGUUGAAUACAUGCUUAAGCAGAGAUGACGAUGAAGCCCAAGCAGCAAAAAUGUUGUAUCUAUCAAAGCAAGGCAACACUUUGAAGGAAUAUGUAGAGCAGAACAACCUUCAUCGUAAAACAGCUCCUUGGUAAGCAGCUUCAGAGAUAAACCUAAAUAAUUUUCCUACACUUGAUGAUGAGCAGUUAAGAAAUCUGACUAUUGGAACAUUACCAGCUUAGACUAUCAACCAGUUAUAUUCAAGAGCAUAUAGAAAAUGACAGUGUCAUUACGUUUCAUGAGGAUGAUGAACAGUUACUUCGUAUAAGAAUACAAAGUCGACAUAUAUCUUCGAAAAAGUACACUUUAUGGAUUAAAUACAAUGAUGUUUGUGUAGAGUCAUGGUAUUGUUUGUGUCGAUGUGGAGCUAGAGUGGUUGGAAUGUGCAGCCAUGUCUCAGCCAUUUUGUGGUACCUUGGCAAAUCCAAGGAAAUGGACAGCAAGUCAAUUGGAGUGCGUGAUUGGAGCAAGCAUGUCCUUGAUGCCAGUGACAUUCCUUCUGUUCUUGACCAGUCAGAUGAUGACAGUGAAAAUGAUGCAAUUGAAGAAUAGAUUUUGAAUCUUUGAUCCUAUUGAACAUAUUUUGUAAGGUUAUGUAAAAUGUUGAGUUCUACACUCACUGUAAAUAAUAUACAUUCACUGUUGGGGAAGUCUAAACUUUGAAGAGAUGUAAUGUGCCAAAUGAUGAUGAUUAAUUGAAUACCAUAUCAUACUUCAUAAUUACUUAUGUAUACAAUAAUUCAUUAUAUGCUGCAAAUGAUUUAAACUAUCAAGAGUAAAUAAAAAUAUUAGGAUAUGAAUAAUUGUAGAUUCUAGCCAAUAUUUAUUUACAAUCCUAUAUUUGCAAGGAAUCAGUUCUGUAUCAAGUAAAACUAAUAUCAUAUUUAUCAGCAUGUAAAGUUUGGCAUUUCAUGAAAUUGUUAGAUGGCUUAUUUAAAGCCCUUUAUUACAUUUUUGACAAUUAAUGCUGUAAUUAUCAAUUUAUUAAAAGCUAAAAUUUUAACAAAUCACAUACAGUGUGUGUGUGUGUGCGUGUGCGUAUGUGUGUGAAUGUUUCAUGUUUGAAUAACUAAAUAAAAAUCAAAUUGAAAUUGUCUAAUUGAU